AUGAGGGCAGGCCUUCUAACUGCGCUUCUUAGCUUGCUUGCAUUUACGGGCGUGUUCGGGACUCCAAGCUUCGACACGAGUCUUCCAGAUUGCGCGCAAAUAUGCUUUCGGACGUUGACCAGCCCGGACUGCUAUAAGCCGAGCUGCUUCUGUACCUCUAACACCUUUCACAAUGACUUGAUACCCUGCCUCAAGAGCCAUUGCCCGAUUCCACAAGUCUUCGCGUCGUUGCGAUAUCUCGACCAGAAAUGCGAGCGACCACGACGCGACCGAAGGAACGAUGCCUGGCCGUACCUAUCGAUACACAUUCUCUGCAUCCUUUGUGCAGUCAUUCGAGUUUACACAAAGAUAUUCAUUGUCAGGAAGAUUUCACCUGAAGACUGGCUGUCAUUCACUUCUUUGGUUAUCUACGUUGUGUACUUUGGAAUUGGACACCAUGCGUUGAUGUCGGCAUUUGGGCAGGAUAUUUGGUGGGUCAACGCCGAUGAUCUAUCCCAUGCCCUCAAGCUCUUUUGGAUCGACUGUCCUGUCUAUACUCUCCUUCUCGGAAUGACCAAAGUCACAAUAAUCCUGUUCUAUAUCCGUCUGUGUCAUGUCUAUACGCUGUUUUGCCAGCUAUGUUGGGCUUGCAUUCUCAUCAUCAGUCUCAGUACAGGCGCCUUGAUGUCACUGAAUAUCUUCCAGUGCACUCCGAUACGAUGGAAUUGGGAUCGAUUCAGUGGAGAAGAUGUCGACUUUUGGUGCAUGGACUUGAACAAACUGCAGUGGUCAAUUAACAUCACCAAUAUUAUCUUUGAUCUUGUAGUUCUGGUACUUCCAAUACCGCUCAUAUGGAAAACAAAAUCAACUUUUCGCCGAAAACUGGGCAUUGUCUUGAUGUUCAGCCUCGGAGUCGUCGUCCUCGUCGCAAGCUGUCUCAAGAUGCGCUAUAACGUUCUCUACGGCCACUCCAACAACAUAACAUGGGACUACAUGGAUUUAAUGGUAUGGGCCGGAAUAGAAAGCUCAGUCAGCAUCGCAGCGCCAUGCCUACCAACUGUUCGACUGUUUUUGCACAAAGUGUUUCCUACGUCAUUUGGGCGGAUCUUUGCGUUUGGGUCGCAUUGCGAAAGGACGUUGGACCAAGAGAUCAAGGCGGAAGAAGAAGAGGUUGCGCAGUGGGCAGCUGAUGUUGAAAUGACGACGGAUUCUCGACUUCGUGUUGCGAGACCGAGACGAGCGGCGAUAAGUUUAGGUGAGGGGUUCGAGAAUGGAGGGAGGAUGAAAAAAAAGAAGGCUAUGACGGAAGCAAGUCGGAUAUUGAAGAGCGUAGAUGAGAUACCACUGUCGCCGUAA